AGAGAAGACACGUUUGACAAUAAUACUAAUUAAAUUAUUUGAACAAUAAGACAUUUCAUAACCAAUCUAAUAAAUCAUAACAUUCUUACAUAGCACGACAUUGUCGCGUUAAACUCGAAUUGAGCAUUAUGGGUAAACCGAAUAAGCCAAAACGUGUUAAGCGUGAAAAAAACAUUAGAAAUAAAAAUAAAAUCGAAAUAAAUCCCAGAAGUGAACCCACAAAUAAUCCCGAAGAAAAGCUGGAAAAGAAGCCUGUAAAAGAAUCUAAACUGGUCAUACCAAAAGAGCCUGAAGAGGAACAAGAAAAUAACCCUGCAUCAGAGCUCGGAAAUGACCUCAAUGCAGCGUUAUUACGAAUGAACAUCAGAAAUGAGCCCGACAAUGACCCCGGGAAUGAGCUUGAAAAUGACCCCGAAGAUAAGAUCGAAUGCAUACCAUCAUUCAAUUCAAUUAGUCUUGAAAAUAUCAAGGAUAUUGUGUACGAAUUACACGAAUACUUUGACGAAUUUCAAAUUGAAAUUGUUGCCUGUCCUGAUUUAACCAGAGAACCGUACAAUUUAGAAAUGACUGGUGAGAAAUAUAACAAGCAUUCUUGA